AUGACAAAGAUGUGGAGAGUUGCCAGAAACGCUGUAGAUACACUUCUGCUCUAUUGUAGGAAAAAUAAGUAUCAAAAUUAUUCAAGUGAAGAUUUAAGAAAAGCUGUGGCAUUAGUAAAAAAGGGAAAUUCUUUGAGGAAAGCUCAAUCUAAGACUGGUGUGCCCACAUCAACAAUAAAAGAUCAUGCCAGAGGCAAGUACGCAAACGUAAAAUUUACAAAGCAACGUGGACCAAAAACUCUUACAUCUGAUGAAGAACAGUCCCUUGUAAACUAUAUUAAAUAUAUGAGUGAUUCUGGAUUUCCUCUUGGCAGAAAUGUUAUUAAGAAACUAACUAUUGAUAUUGUCAAAACCAGUGGUAAACAAAAUACACGUCUUAACAAGGAAAAAGGUCCAUCGAACAAGUGGAUGCGAAGCUUUAUGUCGAGGCAUAAGAACUUGUCCUUACGCACACCCCAUCCUUUAGAGAGAGCUCGCAGUGAACUGAAGUCCUCUCAGAUUGAGGAGUAUUUUGAACUGCUUGAAAAAACCUUAGUUAAACUGGAUAUUAAAGAUAAACCAUCACAAAUAUUUAAUGUAGAUGAAACUGGAUUUGCAGGUAAGGAAUUUUCAAAGCAGAAAAUUGUGGUACCAAAAGGUACAAAGCAUCCAUACCAACCAUGUGCUGGUAUAUCAGGACACGUGACUCUGAACUUAGGAGUUUCUGCAAGUGGAAAGGCUAUUGCGCCACUCAUAAUUUUUUCCAAGAACCUUCCAAGAGAAAGUUUCAGGGACAGCCUUUCAGAGGAAUGGUCAUUUGAAACCACUGAGAGUGGUUAUAUCAAUAACACAAUAUUUUCAGCGUGGUUUAACAAUCAGUUUGUUCGUCAGUGUGGUCGAGCAAGACCAGUUUUAGUUAUAAUGGACAACCAUAGUUCGCAUAUCACCAAGCAAGUAGUCGAUACUGCCAGAGAAAAUAACAUCCACCUUCUGUGCCUUCCUGCCCACUCAACACAUCUUUUGCAACCUCUAGAUGUUGGUGUCUUCCACUUACUCAAGUCCAAUGUUGCUCAGAUGUGUACAUCAUUGGGUUAUACAGGGAUGAAAACCCUUCCUCGUCACAAAUUUCCAAAAGUUAUUCAUCUAGGGCUAAACAAAAUUUCCGGGAGUGCUAUAUCAUCUUCUUUUCGUGCAGCAGGAAUUCAUCCAUUCAAUGCAAAGAAGAUUGAGCUGCCAAAAUCUACCCGAGACCCUGAGAUGAUCCUCCCUGACCCUACAGAGGCUGCCAAUGCUGAGUCUAGUGCAGGUCCAUCAGAGACUGAUGCUGGAACAGAGUGCAGACAUGGGAAACCUGUCCCCAACAUACUUGUAGCACUGGGACUAGUAAGUUCAGAGCUGGAAUUUGUUUUACGAGAGCCUCCAAAGAUUAAGUCAAAGGCAGCCAAAAGGAAAACUUGCAAAAAUGCAAGGUUGAUAACAAGUUCUCCACAAUCUGAUGUGGUAACAAUAAAAAAUCAAAAAGCUAAAAAGGUAAAACUUUCAUCAGAUGAUACGUCUAGUGAUGUCGGAGAGAGUCAGACCAUCUGUGAAAUUUGCAUGACAGGGUCCAAUUCCUUGACUUGGUUUGGAUGUGAUGAAUGCACCAGAUGGAUUCACUACGAGUGUCUUCCUCAUGACCAUCAAAUUGAUCUGGAUCUAAGCCUCAUCACCGGUGAUCCGUGGCUCUGCAACAGUUGCAGGUCUGAGCAGUAGAGAUAUAUAUUCACU